AUGGCUUAUGUAGAUUUUACCGAAGAAUUAAAAGAUGUAAGCAAAGUCGUGGAAGCUGACAUUAGAAUUAAUUUAACUAAAGAUUUAAAUAAAUUUAACGUGAGAUGGGCAGAGUCCCCAGGUGAUAAAAGUCUCGGCGGUCUGUUCCAGCAGCCGUCCGCCUGUGAUGCUGACCGCUGGAGCAAGAGACGGGGGUGCAAAAUAUGUCUACGUGGUGGUCGCCGGCAUGACGAUGACGUGGAUGAUAAGGAUGAGGAUGAAGAUGAAGAUGAAGAUGAGGAUGAUGAUAAUAAUGGUGGUGUGAUGUGA